AUGCCAGCAGACUCCGGCACAUUUGAUGUAGACUGCCCAUUUCCUGACGACAGCAGCACAGAGGAGUUCGAAGCAAAUUUGUCGACUUACUAUCACAACGAUUCGCCACCGAGAUUCCACCAUGCACAUCGUAUGGUUCACAUAUCGCAGGAAAACAAUCAGAACAAAAAUCCAGAAUUGAAGUGUUAUCUGAACGUCCAACACAUAGACGUGACUACAACAUUGCACAUCAGAGCCAACAAAUCAUUGAAUGCCUUUCGUCUGCGCAAUCCCAUUAUAGUCACGGGGUGA